GUCAAGAAUUGCCACGUUCUCUUGGGAUCCUAGCUUUAUAUUUUAAACAAGUCGGUUCCUGAUCUGUAAUUUCAAGCCUAUCUUAAAAAUGAGUAAAAUUUCUAAAAUGUUUAAGGUGAGCUCUUCAAGCUCAUCCAGCUCCAGGUCCAGUUCUAGCUCUGGAUCCAGUUCUAAAUCUAAGCACCGGUCUCGGUCCGGUCCAUCGCCGCAGGAGGCCAUCAACAGACUGAGAGAGACGGAGGCGAUGUUAACUAAAAAACAGGAAUACCUGGAGAGCAGAAUCGAGCAGGAAAUCGUGAUCGCCAAGAAGAAUGGCACCAAAAACAAAAGAGCCGCACUUCAAGCUCUUAAGAGGAAGAAACGUUUUGAGCAGCAACUGACCCAGAUUGAUGGGACACUGUCAACUAUUGAGUUCCAGCGAGAGUCCCUUGAGAAUGCCACCACAAACACAGAAGUCCUGAAGAACAUGGGAUACGCCGCUAAAGCUAUCAAAGGCGUUCAUGAGAAAAUAGAUUUGGAUAAGAUUGACUCCCUCAUGCAGGACAUUACCGAACAACAGGAAGUAGCUCAGGAGAUCAGUGAUGCCAUCUCACAACCUUUCGGUGACCAGUUUGAUGAGGAUGAGUUGUUGGCAGAACUGGCCGAGUUGGAACAGGAGGACUUGGAAGAAAGUAUGAAGAGCAUGGGCAGAUUACCAAGCGCACCAACCCACAAACUGCCCAGCACAAGACCAAGCCACAGGGCAACCUCAAAGAAGAGAGUGGAGGAUGAUCAUGAUAUGAAGAGGUUGGCUUCCUGGGCAUCAUAAACAACCGUACACACAAACUCAAUCUUACCUGAAGCUUACUUGCACUCGUAGCUCUGCUGUUUAUCCUGCCAGUAAUUUGUUAAAUAGUAAGAUGUUUUUGAAAGAAAAAAUAGAAACAUUUGUGAAGGGAAACAUUUGUAUACAAAAUAAUUACUUUGUGGUGGUCUUGAAGAUUAAGGAUUACCUUGCUUUGUGUAAAUAGUAUUGUUUUAUGUGAAGGAUAUUAAAAUUUAAUUUUUUUUUAAUUAAAUGUAAAUGUAGAAUACUGGGGUUUGGGUGAAAAUUAAACUCAUGAAAUGUGA